AUGGUCGCCCUCCUCGACCUCGAAGCAGAUCUGCUCGCGCACAUCGCCCGCCGCGGCGGCGCGUCAGUGCUGUGCGCCAUGGCGCAGACGAGCCAACAGCUUCGAGCACCGAUCAUCGCAGCCGGCGACGAAAUGUGGCGGGAGUUCGCGUUGGCGAGGUUCCCUUGCCUCAAGAGCUUGCUGGAGCUCGUGCCAACGUCACUAUCUUUCAAGUCGAUAUACCGAAAGCAACUUGCCGCUGUUUCACCAGAGCCGCCGCCCAGCUUCCCGGACCUACCUGCGUACGUCUUCUCCGUCGAGCUCGCAGUGCCCGCCCUCGACUGGAGCGCAGCGUGGAGCGCGCCUGUCACCAGCUUCACAGAGGGCUGGGACCGGAUCUGCAACCCUCAGCCCUGGACCGACGCAACGCGGCCGGCUUGGCUGACGGAGGCCUUGGCAGAUCUGGACACGCCAUGGGAGCAGCGGGAGGACGGAAAGGGCUUGUACUCGAUGAUGCUCUCCAUUUUCGCGACGAGGCGCCGAGACCUUUCCUCCUUCCGCAUGUUCCACUUCUCGGGACUCGAUCAGCUUGGCAUUUGCAUUGUAGAGAACGGUACCAUCUGCUAUGAAACAGAGGCUCUGCCAGAGAAGGAGGGACUCGUCAACUAUCACGACUUUGACGGAUAUGGUCACCAAGGGCCGCCCUUUCCCUACCAUGAAAUCAUGCCGUGUUUGCACCUUGCGACUGGCCACGUCGACCUCGGAAUCAGUGCCGGGAUGGACGUCGAGUUUGCAAAGAAGUACUUCACGAUCGGCGCCCCAUGGCCCGAGGCUGUUCCAGCCCGCCAGUGCCUCUGCGAGCUCGACAGCGGAGCGAGGACGGCCUGCGGCGGAAAGGCGGGAGGGGCGGCGCAGUCGGCGCAGGCCACCCCCUACCACUGCGACAGCAUCCCAGCAGCCAUGCUCGCCGUGAAGCGCGCCUUCGAGGGCAGGAGCUCGGCGGCGGAGGAGCCGCCUCCGAAGCCAACCACCACGCGAGGCGGCCUUCAGGUUCGCUUCACCGCAAAGCUGACCGAAGCGCUCGAGCUCGUGAGCCGCUCGCCGCGAGGCCUGCUCGCCGCCGCCACCAUCGGCGGCUCGGUCACCUUUGUGGACGGCUCGGACCUGUCGUUGCUCGGCGCGACCGAGGAGCUGCACGAGGACCCGCCGAAUGCGGUCGCGUGGGCGGCCGGCGGCGAGACCCUGCUGCUGGCAGGCGAGGACGGGAUCGCACGCGUGGUGAGUGUGGCGAGCCGGUCGGUAGUCCGAUCGCACGCCGUGCGAGAGGAGCCCGAGGCGGGCAAGCGGCCGCGAUGCCACCCCGUCUCCCGCCUGGCGGUGCUCGGGGACGGCGCCUUUGAGUUCUCCGCCUCGUUUGUCGCCGCCGCGGGCCGGGUCGCGCACUGCUACCGCCUCUCCGACGGCACGCUCGAGCACGUCUGCGAGCUCGCCUCGCCCGUCCACGCCCUCUGCGCCGCGCCGCGCGGAGAGCCGCUCCACUGGGCGUACGCCUUGGCGGUCAAGGGGUGUGUGCGGCUCGUCUCUCGCGCCGGGGCGACGGUGCAUGAGCUGCAGAUCGGCAGCGUCGUGCGCUCGCUGGCGAGCAGCGGGCAGUGGCUCGCGGCGGCGGAGUACGACGGCACGCUCAAGCUGUGGGGCCUCUCCCCCGUGACCAGCCCGCUCACGCUGCGCGGCUACUGCGGCACCGACGGCAAGGACGUGCAGUGGAGCGCCGACGGCGGAGGGCUCGCCGCAAGCGGCAGCCAGGCGGUCGUCUUUGACUUCACGGGCGCUCAGCCGCCGCACCCGUACCGCUCGCAGCCGUGGCGGCCGGCGGCCGGCAAGCCCGACUCUGUCCCGCGGGGCCUGGUGCGCGUGUGGCAGCCUCGCAGCCUGCCGCUGCGCAAGGGCGGGCAGGGCAACCCCACCCAGCCACAGCUGAUGAAGCCGCAGCUGUACACCUUUGUGCGGCAGGACGCGACCCACCCGUCCGGCGAGGCGGCCGAGCCAUGCGCGCUGCUGUGGCUGGCCGAGGACACCGUCGCGGUGGGCUACGCCUCGGGGGAGAUCGUCGCCUUCCAGGUGACGUGA